UGGACAUCCUCCCGCUGAAGAGCCGUCCGAUUGUUUCCAGUUGGCUUCAGUUACCCAAGUAUUUUAGCUUGAGAGGGAGGUGAAGAUGUGGGAGUUGGGCGGCAGCAAACAUCUGCGACUCAUACUGCACAUUCUGUACCUCUCUGCCCGGAUUCUAAUGGAUCGACAGCCGGACGUGUCGGAGCAGCAGCAGGACCUCGCUGAGCGCGUUUUGAUCCCAUAACACUUCACAAAAAGGCAAAAAACAAAGGGGACGUAACUCUGCCGUGAGGACUUUGCUGGACUAGCUGGACUGCACUGACAAUGGCUGGAAUAUGAGACACCUCCCCUGACUCUUGAAUCACCUUCUUAAAUCUACCAGAGAUGGAUCUCCGCACCGUCGUCCUCUGCCUCCUCCUGCUGCCGUCUGGAGCGACCUCUCAGCCGUCUGCUCCGCGGGGAUGCCGAGAGGACGUGGACCCGUCCUACCGAGUGCUGUGUGACCUGGACUCGGUGUGGGGAGUCGUUCUGGAAGCAGUCGCCUGUUGUGGCGGCGUCGUCUCCCUGGUCCUCUCCGCUCUCCUUCUGGUCAAACUUCGCUCAAUACCAGACCCUGCCAGGCAGUCUGGCUUCGGGCCUCUGCUCCUCCUCCUCGGGACGUUGCUCGGGAUUUUCCCUAUUUCUCUGGUUUUCCUCGUGGGGAAGAAUCAGGCCCUCUGCAUCGUCCGCAGGGCCUUUUGGGGGCCCCUCUUCGCCCUUUGCUUCUCCAGCCUGCUGGUUCAGGGCAUCAGGCUACGGAGGCUGGUGGCUGGAAAGACAAGCCCAUCAGGCAGUACCUUAGCGGCUCUGGGCCUGGCACUGGCUUUGGUGCAGGGGAUCAUUUCAGCCGAGUGGGUCCUCCUCACCGUGGUCAGGGAGGGGCACCCAGCCUGUGAGUACCCACCUUUGGACUUCGCACUGACCUGCAGCUACACCCUCGGCCUCCUUCUUAUCGCCAUGGGGAUUUCUCUCGGCGUGGUGCUCUGUGGAGGAGAGUUCGGGGUGGAAGGAUCAGGCAACGACGAAGACCGAGAAGAGGAGAGUGACAAACAGAAGUGGAAGUGCAACGCUCUCUGGCUCUUCCUGUCCUGCCUGGCAUCGGCUCUGCUCUGGGUGGCCUGGCUCGGGUUCUAUCUCUACGGCAGCCAAAUGCUGAGGGUGAAAGGAAAAGUGGACAAGUCCGCCGGAGACAAGAAGGAUCUGAAGGUUCUGGAUGAGCCCGCGUUGGCCGUGGCCCUGGUGAUUCAGGGAUGGAUCCUCCUGCUCUUCCACGCCGUUCCGGAAACACAUCUGUGCCUCAGAAAGACGACACAAUCCACCACGCAGGACUUCUUUGAAACUAGCCAGUCGUCGCCUGCGCCGCAUUUCGGAGAUGAUCACGCCGAACACUCUCAUCGGUCCUUCGCUGAAAACAAAGCCUUCACCCUGGAGGAGCGCAGUGCAACCAUCCAGAGUGGAUCUUUCCACAACAGACAUGAAAGUGUCCGCCCUGGCAUCGCCUUCAGAGGUCACGUCUAUCAACCCACUGAAAUGGCUUUGGUGAUGAAUGGAGGAACCAUGCCCACAGCCCCAAUAAACUACACUGGCCGACGUCUCUGGUAAACCAGGAAGUCUUGCGAGCCAAACAGAAGCCAUGUGACUGGUAGGGUUCUCCUUUCCCGACAAGCCGUGAGAGAGAAGAGCAAGAACGCCUCCAGUGGAUCCUCUGGACUCGCUUGCUGCCAUGUAAAUAUGCUGGACUGUGGAGCUCAGGAAAGCUGGUGUUAGUCCUUGAGUUUGGCAGGACAGAAGACACGUCAUCUUAACAACAUAUAAAUAACGUGUGGUCAAUAUUAUUCUGCUAAUAUGAUUCAGAUGAAAUGCCUGAGACGCUUAGUAACUUCCAGAUAUCUCUGUUGGGAAGACCACUGGAUAUAAUGUGGGUCCGUACCUGUUCAUGAGAGACGACGGAGACGUUUUGAUGAUAAUGAUGACCAGUUUUUAACCACGUCGUGAUUGUACGGUAUGGAAAAUGUAUCAUUCGUUCCCCGUUCUCUGGAUUUGCUGAAAGGUUUUUCAGCGCACAGCAAGUGUCAGCGGUCUGAGUGAGGCUCUGCAGUCUGAACACCUACAAGCGUAUAGACGCUCCACUUGUUAAUCUGGUGACACAUCCUGAAUUGUUGCUAUGGCGAUGGUGAUCUCCGUCAAUUCAUUUCAGUUUGUCCCUCCGCCAGAAGCUUUUGUGGGUUUCAUUUUCGUCAGAUUAGAUUUCAGUUUGUGAGCAAUGGCAAAUACAAAAUCCAGCCUUCUGGCUCAGCACCUUUUUAUCACGGCAGUGCGCUCUCUCACUCAAUAAUCCGACCUUUGUUUUGAACAAGUCUUUAUAGGUUAGUGUGAAGUGUGGCAAAAGCCCUGGAGAUUCUGAUCCAGCGAUCAUUACGCAUCAUCUGUGCAAGAAGCAGGACUCGAUCAUGGGACUUCUUGGAGCCAAGCACGUCCUGUUCACAUCCUCAUUCACCACAGAGUUAGGGAGGCCAGAGGGAAGGAGGAAACUGAAGCUUAUAGAUGCAAUAAAUGAGAAGAGGAGGACAGCUGUCACUAGGGAGGAUGAUCACAGGUUACAGUGGAGAGGGACGGCCUUUUGUGGCAAGUGCCAUCUCAAUGCAUGAACUUACCUCUGAGCAUCCAAACAUAACUUCACCGAGAAUCUAUCCGAUUCCAGUUUCUCUGGCUCAUUGCAGAGGACUAUAAACUCCACCAGCCAAGUUCUCACAUGGUGAGCUGCCUAGGUUGAUACUUUAAUUUGAAACCCCUUAAGACACAUUUAGCACUUUAAAUUCCUGAGAAAUAGCAGAUAAAUGCCCCUGUCAUGGCACAACACCCUCAUAUCUAAUACUCCAUUUUCUCAAAAUCCCAUGAACUGUGAUCAUGAAGUCCACAUUGAAAGUGGGGCGUUGAAUAUAUAUGAGACUGGGACUGAGAUAUACCAUGCAUAUUAUAAUUAUAAUAAUGUUAAUAUUUUGAAACCAGAAGGAUCAAUUCUCUGCUGAAUUAUUACUAAUCAAAACAUUUAAAAAAAAAGCUGAAAUGAUCCACAGGAGAGGUGUGUUUCUGUAUGUGUGCGCUGAAGCAUUGCACUUUGUAGUUGCUGUAGUAAACAGUGUGUGGGGGCUAAACACACUUCCUGAUAAAGGACGGUAAAUUUAUUAUAUUCAUAUCUAUGUAUUUUCAGUGUUGUACAGUUUUAUAAAUGCACAGAAAUUCUAUUUAUUGUUGUCAUCGAGAGACAAUCUAAACAUUGGUUGACAAAAUAAUCUUACGGACUUGAAGCCAUGUCCUCUAAAGUGCUCCUGUAAAAGUGAACAACGCUUUUAAUGACCAACUGAUCGUGCUUUUAAACCAAAUAUACGUUGAUGUAAGAUUGAUUUGUCAACUGGGUCACUGGAGAUUAUUUAUUACUUGUGAGUGUUACACAAAUAACAGCGGCAGUGUUUCACGUUCACUUGUCAGUUUUGAAAUGUAACUCAACACGUGAAGUUCUCGCUUAUUUAAUGCAUGGAAGUUGAUAUAAAGUUGGCUUUUGUGUGCACAGUUGUAAUACUGAUAUUUUGCAAUAAAUGCGUUUAAAAUAAAUCAAUAUAA